AUGAAAGGCCUUCUGCUGCUUGCCCUGUCUACUCUGUUCUGCUGGGUCUCAGCUGACAUUCGUUGUCACUCCUGCUAUAAGGUCCCUGUGUUGGGCUGUGUGGACCGGCAGUCCUGCCUUCUGGAGCCAAACCAGCAAUGCCUGACAACAAAUGUGUACCUCGGUAAGAUGUGGGUUUUCUCCAACCUGCGCUGUGGUACACCAGAAGAGCCCUGCCGUGAGGCCUUCAACCAAACCAACCACAAGCUGGGCCUGACCUAUAACACCACCUGCUGUAGAAAGGACAGUUGUAAUAGCGCAAACCCCCGGCCCACGUCAGCUGUGGCCCUUGUCCUCACCUCCCUGGCUGGCCUUGGCCUCUGGCUGCUGCACUGA